AUGAAAUAUUCUCAUGAUGAUAGUGAUAAUGAUGCACUUGAAGAAGAUAAUAAAAGAGAUUUUGAAGACAAUAUUUCAGAAUAUUCAUCUGAUGAUUUAGAGGAAAACAAUCAAGUAAAUUUUGAUGCUCUAGAAAUCUUAAAGUACCAAGAGAAAUUUCAAUUAUCUAAUGUAGCUACAAAUUCUCUCUUUAAAUUUUUAUACUAUAUUCUUGUUAAUUUAGAUGAAACCACAUUUUCAACCUUUUCUUUAUCUCUUUAUAUGACAUAUAAGAGUCUUAGUAUUUGUACACAUUUAAUAAAAUAUACAGCUUGCGAAAAAUGCUGUAAAUUAUAUAAUAUUGCUGAUAUAUUUAGCAAUAGUCCUAAUCUUAUGCCUAAAUAUACAAAUUGUGUAUCUCAAGAUUUUCCUAACCAUUUAAUGAGUUAUAAAAGAAAUGCCU